GUCUCUGGGAAAAAGCAAAAGGCGGACGCGAGGCUGCCUCCCAAGGCUCUCUUUGCUUACAGUUCCUCUCGUUUUGCUGAGUUGGGAGUCGCGACCUCCAGCACAGGAUGUGGUGCCACAGGUUGUCCCACCUACAAAGCAGGCUCCAGAACCUGCUGAGGAGAGGAGUCACAUGUUGGGCCUUCCAACAGCUCAACUUCAAAAGCUUAUUUCCAUUAGCCAUCCAUUGGCACCAUACAGCCUCCGAGUCUCUGAAUUGCGCUUGGCAGCAACAUGAAGAUCAUUUUGAACUGCAAUAUGCAAACACCGUGAUGCGCUUUGAUUAUGUCUGGCUUCGAGACCACUGCCGCUCAGCAUCUUGCUACAACUCUAAGACUCACCAGCGCAGCCUGGAUACUGCCAGUGUGGAUUUAUGCAUCAAGCCAAAGACCAUUCGUCUGGAUGAGACCACACUCUUUUUCACUUGGCCAGAUGGUCAUGUGACUAAAUAUGAUUUGGAUUGGCUGGUGAGAAACAGCUAUGAAGGGCAGAAACAAAAGGUCAUCCAACCUAGAAUCUUAUGGAAUGCUGAAAUCUAUCAGCGAGCCCAAGUUCCAUCUGUAGAUUUCCAAAGCUUCUUAGAAACCAAUGAGGGAUUGAAGAACUUUCUGCAAAAUUUUCUGCUAUAUGGAAUUGCAUUCGUAGAAAAUGUCCCUCCCACUCAAGAACACACAGAGAAGUUGGCAGAAAGGGUCAGCUUGAUCAGAGAAACCAUCUAUGGGAGGAUGUGGUAUUUUACUUCAGACUUCUCCAGGGGUGACACUGCAUACACCAAGCUGGCUUUGGAUCGGCACACUGACACUACCUAUUUUCAAGAACCCUGUGGCAUUCAAGUGUUUCACUGUCUUAAGCAUGAAGGAACAGGUGGCAGGACACUGCUGGUAGAUGGAUUCUAUGCAGCAGAACAGGUACUUCAAAAGGCACCUGAGGAAUUUGAACUCCUCACCAAAGUGCCAUUGAAGCAUGAAUAUAUUGAAAAUGUUGGAGAAUGUCACAACCACAUGAUUGGGGUUGGGCCAGUCUUAAAUAUCUACCCAUGGAAUAAAGAGCUCUAUUUGAUCAGAUACAACAACUAUGACAGAGCUGUCAUCAAUACUGUACCUUAUGAUGUUGUCCAUCGUUGGUAUACAGCACACCGGACUCUGACAGUAGAGUUGAGGAGACCUGAGAAUGAGUUUUGGGUCAAACUAAAGCCUGGCAGGGUCCUAUUUAUAGACAACUGGCGUGUCCUACAUGGCAGGGAAUCGUUUACUGGCUACCGCCAACUCUGUGGCUGCUAUUUAACAAGGGAUGAUGUAUUAAACACUGCUCGUCUCUUGGGGCUUCAGGCUUAAAAUUGACAGCAUUAGGAUUAUGGACACACCUGGCACCCUGGCUACCAGAAUUUCAUAUCAGCAAAAUAAUAUUGUGUCAAAACCUACUUCAAAUUGUCUCUUUAUCUCAUCACACAAAACAGAAAUUGCAACUAGAUCAGUUAGAAAGAAAUGCAUUUUAGGAACAAAGUCUUUGUAAAGCAGCAGUUUGCAAAAUGUUUGGUCUUAAGACACCUUAGCACUCUUAAAAGUCAUUGAGGACCCCAAAGUGUUCUUGGAUGUGGGUUAUAUCUAUUGAUACUAACUGUAAUAGAUAUUAAGACUGACAAAUGUUUAAAAUUCAAGAACACAAAAUCACACAUCCCUCAGUAUCAGAGAGAUGUCAUCAUCACAUGCCAUAUAGCCUUUGGAAGAGCCCUGUGUACAUUUGUGAGAUAAGAAUGAAAAAGGUAAAUAUCAUCUUAGUGUCAUUAUAAAAAAUAUUAUUUAACCCACAGGCCCACUGAAAGGGGCUCAAGAAUCCCUCCAG